ACCUCUUAGGGCACUUAAAUUAAUUACUGCAGUUUUUUAACAAACGCGUCAUACAAGUAAAUUACAAAUGAUGUAAUCAAAGCAAGAAAAAAAAAUAUUUCUUAUAUUUAUUUAUUUUUUUUAAUGGAAGUUGUCUUCGUAAUUCUCCUUAAAGGGACGCGUCCAGGUUUCAUUUAUUUUAUGUUCUGCAUCAUAGUUUGGUCUUUUCGUUGGAUGAUCUCGCAGUGUAGCAGCAGUGUGUCGUUUACUGUGGUUUGUAAUGAACUGAACGUGUUAAUUAGCGGCCAGCUGUGUGACUUGAAGCUAUGAUGCUGUCAAACGCCAACAGUCUGCCGAAGCUGUACCUGUCUGUCAUCGAGGACGUGAUUGAGAGCAUCAGAGAGCUGUUUUCUGAUGAAGGAGUGGAGGAACGAGUGCUGGACAACCUCCGACAGCUCUGGGAGUCAAAGGUCAUUCAGUCUAAGGCUGUGGAGGGUUUCAUUAAAGACAACAAUCCAUCCAGUUUUGUUCUGCAGCUUCCAACAAACUACUCUCAGAGUCUCCAUAAACCCACCGUUGUCAUUCCAGCUGCCCAGAAUGUGCCGAGUUUCUCCUCCAAAGCAAGCAGCUGUGCUUCUGUGGCGACGUUCUCUCUGCCUGCUGGAAUCACGUAUCCGGUGCAGAUCCCCGCCGGCGUCACGCUGCAGACGGCCUCGGGACAUCUGUACAAGGUGAACGUUCCUGUGAUGGUGACACGAGGAGCGCAGCAUGUGCUGAAGCCGCUGUCUCAGCCCGGGGCCAUGGCCCUCAGCAGCGCUCUGACCCAGCGCUCUGACCCUGCUCCAGCAGUGCGUGAGAGCCUCCCGAGCCCUGACGAGUUCACGCUGGACGGCAUCGAGUUCAGCCCGCAGCUCAGCGCUCAGCAGACUCAAAGCAGCGACGACGGCCCUCCGGAGCCGCAGGCCGACGUCAAGCUGGAGACCGACCUGAACUUCAACCAGCUGCUGGACAUCACACAGCUGGACGGAGUCGCUGACAGCAGCUCAGGCACGGAGGAAGAUGAUGAUGACAACGACGAUGAUGACCUGGGGCUUGUUGGAGAGAAUGAGUUUCUGGGAAUGAUCAAUGCCACUGAGGAAGAGGAGCUGGAAGAGGAAGAGGAUCCACUGAACUCUGGAGAUGAUGUGAGCGAACAGGACAUCCCAGAGAUCUUUGACACGGAGAAUGUCAUCGUGUGCCAGUACGACAAGAUUCACCGUAGCAAAAACCGAUGGAAGUUUUACUUGAAAGAUGGAGUCAUGUGCUAUGGAGGAAAAGAUUAUGUUUUCUCAAAGGCUGUGGGGGAAGCGGAGUGGUAAUGGGGAAAUAUUACAAAAAUAUGACACAAUUACUGCUCUUCAUAUAGUUUUGUUUGCAUUUGUUUUUCUUUACAUGAGUUUGUGACUGUAUUCUGAUACAGAAUAUAAUGUUGUUUCUUGAAUUAAAAGUAUUUUGAUGGA